UUUAGUAGAAAGCGAACUGAACAAAAGUCUUUUCGUCAUCCUCAAUUUCUCAUAGCCAACUAGAAACCCUAAUCCCCUCUCUCUCUCUCGUUCACGCUCGAACUCCGCCACUUCGUCGGACGGCCACAGCAGCUCCGGAGGUCAGAUCCAACGGACAAAGGGAAUAAAUUGCCCUUAGUUUUCUGUAGAAGUACACUGCAUGCCAUUCAAUGUGCCGGAGAGCAAAUCGAACAGGAGAAUCGGCUUGGGCGAAUGAAUCAUUUCUAUCUAUCUGAUUUGAAAAUGAUCAUCAUUUUUCUAAAAAUUACAUUGAGUGCCACUGACUGUUGAAAAUUGGAGCAGUUAGUAGGGUUUAGAACUGCUCAUUGAGCAGUGAGCUGUUUGACCCGAAUGGACCAGUAUGAAAAAGUUGAGAAGAUUGGUGAAGGAACCUAUGGUGUGGUUUAUAAGGCUCGUGAUCGUGUGACUAAUGAGACUAUAGCCUUGAAGAAGAUCCGCUUGGAGCAGGAAGAUGAAGGAGUACCAAGCACUGCUAUCAGAGAGAUUUCCCUCUUGAAAGAGAUGCAACAUGGUAACAUUGUCAGGCUACAGGAUGUAGUGCACAGUGAGAAGCGGUUAUAUCUAGUUUUUGAGUAUCUGGACUUGGAUCUGAAGAAGCACAUGGAUUCAUCUCCGGAUUUUGCCAAAGAUUUACGUCUGAUAAAGAUGUUCCUGCAUCAGAUUCUCCGUGGUAUUGCUUAUUGUCAUUCUCAUAGGGUUCUUCAUCGAGAUUUGAAGCCCCAGAACUUACUCAUAGAUCGUCGUACCAAUGCAUUAAAGCUGGCAGACUUUGGAUUGGCAAGAGCAUUUGGUAUUCCUGUUAGGACAUUUACACAUGAGGUGGUGACCCUGUGGUACAGAGCACCCGAAAUACUGCUUGGAUCACGCCACUAUUCUACUCCUGUUGAUGUGUGGUCUGUGGGCUGUAUAUUUGCUGAGAUGGUGAACCAGCGACCAUUGUUUCCUGGGGACUCGGAGAUUGAUGAAUUGUUCAAGAUCUUCAGGGUAUUGGGCACACCAAAUGAGGAUACAUGGCCAGGAGUGACUUCUUUGCCUGAUUUUAAGUCUGCCUUUCCUAAGUGGCCUCCUAAGGAUCUUGCAACUGUUGUCCCAAAUCUCGAAUCAGCUGGCAUUGAUCUCCUUUCUAAAAUGCUGUGCCUGGAUCCCAGCAGAAGAAUAACUGCCAGGAGUGCUCUUGAGCAUGAGUACUUCAAAGAUAUUGGGUUUGUGCCCUGAUUGCAUGUGUAUCCAUCUUGUAUGGCUGUCUAUAUCGAUGUGUAGCAUUCUAUGUUUUGAUUGUGUGAGAAAAGUGUUGCACUGCAAUCGUUCUUUUUCUUUCUAUUAUUCCCCAUGAACUAAAUUGAAAUUUACAUUGAACCGUUUCUUGGCAUAGUCUGCCUGGGAAUUUGUCUAGGGUGUUGUUAUUGUUUCAUUAUCCUUUUCCAUGUCUCAAGAGCUAUACAUAAGUGGCAUUUUUUUCCCUUCUAAAUUUGCUUGUAACUGAACUAUUCUGCUCCCUGAAAAACAUACCAAAUGAAGAAACUUGGGUUUGCCUUUUAUAUAUGUAGAGAGAUAAGUUGUAAUGAA